CAGCCAUUUUUUUUUACGUUGUAGUAUGUAUAAACGGACAUAAAUGUAACAAUUUAACUGUAGUUAUUAAUUAAAUUAAUAACUACAUUGAAUUAAUUUUGAGUAUUAAGAUACAAUUGUGUCGAAUGCGGCAUGUGCAGGAAGAAUUCCGCAGUUCUGGUACGCGAGCUAAAACGAAGACAAGAAACAUCAUGUAUCAUCGGAUAAACCCUCUCAUGUCGGGUUGAGCUGGUGGUUUGAGAAACAAAAUGGAAGAACAAACACUAACAGUUGGUUUACACAUACUCGGUAUCUGUGCUGUACUCGUGUAUGGAAAUGAUUGUGGCCAAAGUGAAUAUCUAUCAUCAGCAGAUGAAUGCUGUCCUAUGUGUAAUAUAGGUUUGGUGGUUUUAAGAGAUUGUACUGGUCCUUACAGCACAAUGUGCAAACCAUGCUCCAAGGGAACAUACAUGAAUGCACCCAAUGGCCUUAACAAGUGCUUUCCAUGUAAAACAUGUGAUAAAGGCCUGUCUGCAUCAGAACAAUGUAGCACAAUAAAAGAUACUGUCUGCGAUGUUCUGGGUGGAUAUUAUUGUAAGCAUUACAAUGGCAAAGAAUGCAUAAUGGCUUUGAAACACAGUAAAUGUGAACCAGGGCAACAGAUUAAAACUCCAGGGACCAAAACCUCAGAUACAGUUUGUGAGCUCUGUUCACAUGGUUAUUAUUCUCCAGAGGGAGAGAACUGCACUAAAUGGACUGACUGUUCUAUCAAAGAUAUGAUUCAAGACGAGGAAGGCAGUUCUGUAAAAGAUGUUCAAUGCAAACAAAGAAGGAUGAGAUACUUUCUCAUACCUGGAUUUGUCAUUAAUCUCAUGUUUGCUACAGUUUUACUGUUUUUAUACAUGAAGCAAAGGUCUUUAAGCAAAUCAAAUAAGAUGAUGCAGCCAGGGCACAAUGAUCACCAGAAACCAUCAAUUUCUGUUGAAGAAACAAACAAUGGCAGUGCAAAACUUGUAACAUCAUUGAACCGUGAAAACGAACCAGAAGAAAACCUGAACGAUGCGAUCACGUGAUCCUGCUAAGUUGUUCAUUUGUGUUCAGCAAGACCAAUAAUGUGUGUGACCAAGAAUCCAACUAAAAUGUCUAAUUCAAGUGUAUUUGUAUAAAGUUUUUAACAAUAGACAUUGUCUCAAAACAACUUCACAAAAUCCAGGACCAACAGACCAAAAACCCCUGUUGAGCAAGCCAAUGGUGACAGUGGCAAGGAAAAACUCACUUAAAAUUACAGGAAACCUUGAGAAGAACCUCAGCAGAGACCAGUUCUUCUUGGGUGAACCUACUUUAGUUUAUUAUUAAAUUAAAACCACUACAGGUUAAUAAUAUAACAAUGUUGUUGUAAAGUUGUUAAACAAUUGAAGCUGUUUUAUUAGCUCAUUAGUUCAAAUUAUCAUAAUGUUUUUCAUUAUUAUUAUUAUCCUUAGUUGUCAGUUGCCUUAUAAAUUCCAAAUUCCCCAGAUCUUAAUCCAAUCGAGCAUCUGUGGGAUGUGCUGGACAAACAAGUCUGAUCCAUGGAGACCCCACCUCACAACUUACAAGAGUUAAAGGAUCUGCUGCUAACAUCUUGGUGCCAGAUACCACAGCACACCUUUACCUUCUAGUGGAGUCCAUGCCUCAACGGGUCAGGGCUGUUUUGGCAGCAAAAGGGGGACCAACACAAUAUUAGAAUGUGGUCAUAAUGUUAUGCUUCAUUUGAGUUACAUCUGAAAUACUGCUUACCCUUUUUUUUCUCCAUGAAAUAAAUUGAUUUUAUUAAU